AUCUCAAGCCCCAGGCAGUGUCUGCUACCGUUCCCUGUCUUCCUGCCUACAUCCUCUACAUGUGCAUCAGACAUGCAGAUUACAUCAAUGAUGACCAGAAAGUGCACUCCUUGCUCACCUCCAUCAUCAACAGCAUUAAGAAAGUGCUGAAGAAACACAACAAUGAUUUUCAGAUGACGUCGUUUUGGCUGGCAAAUACAUGUCGUUUCCUGCACUGUUUAAAGCAGUACAGUGGAGAUGCGGGUCUCAUGACACAAAACACACCUAAGCAGAAUGAGCACUGUCUCAAGAACUUUGACCUGACCGAGUACCGCCAGGUGCUGAGCCACCUCUCCAUCCAGAUCUACCAUCAGCUCAUUAAGAUAGCCGCGGGCGUACUCCAACCCAUGAUCGUGUCUGCGAUGUUGGAAAGUGAGAGUAUCCAGGGGCUUUCUGGUGUCAAACCGAUGGGCUACAGGAAUCGCACCUCCAGUAUGGCAGAUGCUGACAGCCUCUACAGCUUAAAAGAUAUUAUUCGCCAGCUCGGCACGUUCCACAGCGUCAUGUGUGACCAGGGUCUGGAUCCGGAGAUCGUGCAGCAGGUCUUCAAGCAGCUCUUCUACAUGAUCAAUGCGGUCGCCCUGAACAACCUCCUGCUGAGGAAGGAUGUCUGCUCAUGGAGCACAGGCAUGCAGCUAAGGUGGGAUAUGGGAUUGGG